AUGGCGCACUUCACCAGGCUCCCAGUAGAGAUAAAACUACAAAUUCUAGAAAAUCUAGGCACAGAAGCUGAUUUGAAGUCCUGCUGUUCCACCUGCCACUCAUUAUACAAUAUCACGGAAACGGUUUAUUGGAAUAGCAUAACGAAGAGGGUCUACGAGAAUGAAACGGCAAAUAACAUAACGCCUCAGCUGGUUGGAAUCAGGAGAAUAAAAUUCGUCAAAGCAACGAAUAGUCCCCAAGAUAUUCGGUCUAUGACUGUUUGGCAAGAACCAGAACAACAAGGUCACCAUACCUCGGACUUCGUGAAGCUUCGGAAAACAAUACGUUGGUUCAGGAACGCCUUUUUUAGGUCUUACUUUCUCAGCAAACCGGAGGAGGCUCCACCAAGUGAUGCUGAAAUUCGUCGGGUCGACGAUGCACUCGGUAUUCUAUGGUUAUGGAUAGAAGCAUCACAGGAACAUACCAAGCGAAACGAAGUUCAAAUUAAGAUGCUUAUUUCUUGGGCUACCCACGGCAAAAUAAACCCACCCUUACGCGGUUCCAUAGGGCAGGAAGAACUGGUGCCGCAAUCGGGACCAUUGCUUGCCGUAUAUUCAUUUCUCAUAUCACUCCUCGGAGGCUACGGAAAGGCCUUGAUCGACUCCCAUCCGUCGGACACAUGGGAUUUAACUCAACUUUCAACUCUUGUCCCAUGUGUUUCAAGCUAUAUAAGAGUUGGAAUAGCCAACUUGAUUCUCAUAGGAAAAGGCCUCGACGGAGUGAAAACGAUGUUAGAAUCGCCACUUGACUCCCAACUCCGCGCAGCAGCCCGUUAUAUCGAAUUUCCAAUUCAAACAAGAGAGGACCAACAUUGCCUUCUACAAAGUUUCGAUAUACGGAAUGACACCACCUCCUUUUUCUUACACUUCAUCGAUGAUCUUUGGGACCAAGAUAUUUGUCGUUCUGCAUUCGCGAGUCGGCCUUUAUGGCGAGAGAAAGAUCAGCUCUAUACACUGAACUCGCCGCCCUGGAGUAACCGCCAGGGAUUUGACCUUCGGGCCACCAUUUGGGAUGAUGAAAGACUUCUUAGAUGGGGCUACCAUAGGUCAAUCGGUACCGAAGAUGAUGAAUCAGUUAUGGGUGUACCUGGGCACAUUUUUCACUCUUACUGGAGCUUGCAUUCGGCCGAUCUAGAGUGUCAGAAUUGUCGACUAAACCGGGCGCAAAAUAAUCGACUCGGUGAAUCAAGUUGCAGGUUUAACACAGCGUAUCUCAACUUAGACGCGCUGACUAAAGUGUUAUUAUGA